AUGUCCCAGACCCCCACAAGAAUAACUAGCCCCUAUGGCUCUGAUAGGUUGGUGCAGUUAGCCGCGAGGCUUCGGCCAGCACUGUGUGACACCCUGAUCACUGUAGGGGGCCUGGAGUUCCCUGCUCACAGUCUGGUGCUGGCAGGAGCAAGCCCAAGGCUGGGUUGCAGGGGCCGGUGGGCUCUGGUUGAAGGCAUCAGCCCAUCUACCUUUGCUCAGCUUCUGACCUUUGUUUAUGGAGAGAGUGUAGAGCUACAGCCUGGGGAGCUGGGGAACCUGGAAGAGGCAGCCAGAGCCUUGGGGGUGCAGGCCCUGGAAGAGGCAUGCAAGCAAGCUCAAAAGCAUAAGAAUGAAGACAAGCUGGAUCCAGGACGGAAAAGGCACCAUAAUUCAGAAGAACUCAUGAGGAGUUCUGAGAGAGGACUGGGGGGCCCUGAAGAGAAACAAACACCAGAGAAGGAUUUUGGAAGUCAUGAGGGAGGACAGGAGACCGUACACAAGCACAAAGCCCCCGAAGAGAGCCUGGAGAUGGCAGCGGUAACUAGGAAGAGGAGUUCAGAGGAGGCCCUCAGUCCUGCCUCGGUGGGCUCUGGGGGAGCAGAGAGGAAGCAAGGAGAGGCCAUGCGAGGUUUAGAGAGCCCUGAGGGCUCUGAGGAGUGUCUUCGUGGGUGCUCUGGUCCCCUUUCCUCACCAGGUUCCCUCCUAACCAGCCUCAUUCCCAGGCCCUGUUGGGCUGAGGCCCCUUGGUUGGGGCAGGGCCAACCUGCCCUGUGGAGCAUCUUCCUGUGGCCGCCCAGAUAUGGCGUUCCCUUCUCCCUUAGCACCCCCAUCACUGCAGCCUGGCAGGUCUGGCCUCAAGACCAGAGGAUCCCACUGACCUUGAACCACUCCAAAGGUCUUUGGAGUCAGAAUUGGCAGCCCUCCUCCAGCCCCACUCCAGGAUCCUUUCCCCAGGGCCCUGAACAACUCAGCCCUUGGGAGAUAGAAGAGUCUGGGCAAGGGUACACAGGCCCACUGGCAACCUGUGUGGGUCAAGAACGCACACCGCGCUGCCCGUCUCACCAGCACCCUCAUUUACCCCUUCCGGCUCGCUCUCGGCCCUAUUCUUGCUCUGUCUGUGGAAAAAGGUUUUCACUCAAGCAUCAGAUGGAGACGCAUUACCGAGUCCACACAGGAGAGAAGCCCUUCUCCUGUAGCCUCUGUCCUCAGCGCUGCCGGGAUUUCUCUGCCAUGACCAAGCACCUGAGGACACAUGGGGCUGCUCCCUAUCGCUGCCCUCUGUGCAGGGUUGGCUGCCCCAGCCUGGCUUCCAUGCAGGCGCACAUGCGUGGCCACUCGCCCAGCCAGCUGCCGCCUGGAUGGACCAUACGCUCCACCUUCCUCUACUCUUCCUCGAGGCCGAGUCGGACCUCAAUCUCUCCCGGGAGUCCUACCUCCUCCUCUGGCACCUGACCGGGUAUUGGUAGCUUCUCUGGCUUGAUAAGUGUCCAACCAAAGAAUGAAAGGCGAGCCCUGUCUCUAUUGCCACCUGGCUAAUUUGUCCCGCAGAAGUGCUGCGGGACAGGAACCAAGAACCCUCUCUGGAUGCGCGUGGGUUGCAGAAGUCUCGGCCGACUGGAGAGUCCGAGUUAAAGACAUAUUUUAGUUGGUUGGAAUGAAGACUAACUGGGGACUAUCAAUUUCAUCACUAUAAUAAAGAGUU